AUGUCAUCUUAUACACGAAAUCAAAUCAAGAAUUAUGCCACAAAUACCAUUGGAUCAAUAUUGCCAUUGGACUCAGACUCGAUCGCUCAGAUAGUCGAUUAUGCUUUAAGUAACUUAAGAACACGGGAUGCUGUGAGUCAACACUUUUUAAAUUUGCUUGGAGAGAGUUCCAAAGCAUUGGAUUUUAUAACAAACUUUUCCAAUAUGCUUUUUGGUGAAAAAAAUAGAAGAAGUAAUAAGCAGAAGGGCGAAAUUCAUUCUUUCAAAGAAACUAGCAAUACUUCUUUGCAAUCUAAUGGAUUAAAAACCAAUGGAAGGGGUAACGCCUGGGAACAUGAAAAUGCGGCAGAAAUUCGGCACAAUCAACGUUUAAAGAAUGCACCAGCAAGUGGUACAAACAUAUCCGAACUUGUCGAGAAAAAAGAGAAGAAUACGAAGGCAGGAGAGCUAAGAAGGAAGAAUGCGAAGAAAACGUUGGAUAAUUUGAGAGACUUGGAUGCAGCAUUAAAUGAAUUAGAGUUAUCCAAUGAUCGGUCAAAUGGGAAGUCGGAAGAUGUGGUACGUGUUUGUAAUUGCAACGGUACACGACAUCCAGUUUUCCAAAUGUUUCCCAAUUGUCUUAACUGUGGAAAGAUAAUCUGUGAGAAGGAGGGAUUUCAGCCAUGCUCAUUCUGCGGUCAUCAUCUCUUAACUAACACAGAAAGACUUCAAAUUAUUGAUAUUUUAAAGAAGGAGAAGCACGAGAUUGUUGGCUCUUCUGAAGAAGCAUCAAGAAGUAAUUCACAAGUCAACCACCGCCCUAAAGGUAGAAAGAAGAAAGUUGUGAAGAUAUCAAUUAAUGAUGCCGGAAAAAAUAAUUAUAGAGUUCAAGAGCUAGCCUUCAAAAGGGUUGAACGAAAGCGUCAAAUUGAAAAAAAGAGAGAGGAGUUGGAGCAACAGAAGAAGGAGGAAUCCGACGAGGUGAAAAAUGAUCUGAAGAAAUUUGAUUCGAUUGAAGGCAAAGAUGAACAGCUUAUUCAAGCACAAAAAAGAUUAGAUACUUUGAUGGGAUUCCAAGCUAAUGGUGCCGAGAGGACAAAAAUUAUAGAUCAAGCUUCGGACUUUAACUUACCAUCGGAUUCUUACAACUUAUGGGCAUCCCCAUUAGAAAGGGCUCUUGAGAUGAAGAGACAGCAAAAAAGAUUGAGAAAACAGCAUGAGGACGAGGAGAAAGCAUCUGGCAGGGGCAAACACGUGAUGAAUAUGACCAUACGAAAUGGAAAAGUUUACAUGGAAGAAGUUAAGGAGCCACUGAAUUCUUUAGAACUCAGCGAUGAUGAAGAUAUAAAGAAUUUAAAGGACAAGGUCAACAAAGAAAAGCAGAAGAGCAUGGAUGCACACAGUGGAAACACGUGGGAUUACGAGAAGGAUGCUACAAAAUGGCAAAGGCCGGUGUAUGUUAAUGAACAUCCGAACAUAAAGCAGGAGACUGUGGAUGUAACUGUCCCAAAAAUUAAUAAUAUGCCAGAUAGUGCUACGAAUCAGAAGGACGCAAAAGAAGCACUGUUGAAAACCAAACCAUCUGUUGUGCAACUAGGAAAUGAUCAGGAGCAGCAAGAUUCCAUAUUUUCUAUGAUAGGCGUGUAA